GUCGAGAAUUCGAAAAAUGGUUUAGAGAGAAAGUUAAAAAUGUUGAAGUGCCCAAUCAUUUAAGGUGGCUAGCUAAAGGGCCUAAUACAGUGGCUAAAAGAUAUAGUGCCUAUUUCAUUAAUGGAUAUCGAUUUCAUACAAUAGAACGAGAUGCUCCAUGCUUGACUCAAAAUAAUGGAGUGACUUUGUCAGGAACAACAGAUAGUUUUGCUAGUGCUAGAAACUAAAAUCCCAUCGAUGGAACGGUUAUCUACUAUGGAGAUAUUCAGGAUAUAAUUGAAAUUGAUUAUUGGGACUGUUUUAGUGUUUUAGUGUUGUACUAUUUAGAUGUUAUUGGUUUCAUAAUGAAAUUGAUGGAUAUGGAUUAAUGCCGGUGUACUUCAACAAAAAAUGCAGCAUGGAUGACCCUUUUGUACUAGCAUCUCAAGUACAUCAAGUUUUUUAUGUGGAGGAUCCAAUUGAGAAAGAUGUUUAUUAUGCAAGAAAUAAAGUCCCUAUUGAUUUGUAUGAUUUGGAAGAAGAGAAUUGUCCUAAUAUUGGAGAAACGAUUCGGAGAGAGCCUAAUGAUGAUACCGGUUCAUCAAAUAUAUUACUCGACGUGGAUGCCAGAUGGUCGAGAGAAGAUAUACCUGCUAUAUCAUUGAUAUGCCUUCUCAAUCACAAGAUACAACUAUGGAAACAUUGGAAGAGGAGGAUGAGUAUAAUGAUAUUGAUUGGGAUUAGAUGGAGGCAGAUGAUUGAUAAAUGAUCUUUUGAAUUUCUUUAAAUAUAUAGUCGUCAUUGUUUUUUAGUUUUAUACCCGCAACUGUUACUGAUUGUAGAUUCAAGUAAUUUGCAUAAAGUUUCUCUUUCAAAUGUCAUGGGUCAAGAAGGGUCUUCAAGAAAAAAUAAAAAAGGAAAAAACUCAUCAUAUGUUCAAGCUGGAAGUUUAUCAUGUUUGGCAAAAAAAAGAGAAUAUCAUUGACAACAAAAGAAACCGUUCAAGCUAUACGGUCAGAGAAAGAUCAUCUGAUAAAACUAAUUGAAGAACAACCGAUAAUAGGAGAACGAUCUGAAGCAAAUAAACGACAUGUAGAGGAGCAAUUUGUAGAGGGGCACAUUGUAGAUAAGCAGAUGCAAAUAGAUUCUACCACUCCUACAGCUAAUGAACGAUCUGAAGAACAAGCUUCUGGUCCUGUAACUCCAAAUAAAAAAAGAGGCAGGACACAAAUGUGUAGUGUCCAUGGCCGAAAGACGCGUAAGGUGAUCACGCUUAACAAUUUGAAUCAGCCCAUUGGUCCUACUAAAGAAGAUGUAAGAGAGUUUGGUAGCUUCCUCGGUACACUGGCAAGGACUGCAACUCUUUGCCCGGGAUAUAAUGGAUUGGAGGAAAAUGGACACAAAAGACGAUUUAUGGACAUAUACUAAGUUGAAGUAUGAUAUUCCUGAUGCUGCAAAAACAUGGACUUUGUUUUCAAUUGGAAGUGCUUGGAGAAGGCAUAAAAAUCAACUGAAGAAAUAUUAUUAUGAUGCCUAUCAAAAUGAUGAAGUUCGAAUGACAAAAAGGCCCGAUUAUAUAACAGAAUAUCAGUUUAAAGAGCUCCUGAAAUAUUGGAGUUCUGAUAAACCACAGAGAUCAUCCGAAAUCCACAAGGAGAAUCGAAAAAAGUUGACGGAUCCAUACACUGCUGGCAAAACAAGUUUUGUUGUAAUCCGUAAUGAAUUGGAAAAAACAAAGGAACCUGUAUCACUUAAGGAGAUAUUUGUGGCCACAAGAGCAAGAAAACCUGGGCGUGUAUACAAGGACUCAGAUGAAAAUACAACUAGUAAAAUUGCUGAAAUGAAAAAAAUUGAAACACAACAAAGUGUAGAUGGCAGUCAGUCUGUUGAUGCAUUUUCAUCUGUCAUGGGUCCUGAACAUCCAGGACGUUUAAGAUUAUAUGGAUGAGGGGUUAUAAAGACUACUUUGAAAGGAAAAGUGGGUCAUUUCGUGCCGACUUCAAAUGCCACAAAUGAUACAGUGCAAGAAAUGCAAGAAAGGAUUCGAAAGAUGGAGGAACAAAAGAGAACUAUGCGACAAGAAAUUACUGCAGAUGUAAUUGCUCAACUUCAGCAUGCAGGAUUAAUUAAUCCAAACAUACUAGCAACAUUGUCUGUUUCGUCUCUAGGAGAAGCUACCUCUGCACCACAAGCUAUUAACAACUGAUCCGUCGACCAUCUACAGGUAGCAACAAUCAAGGUGGAGAACUUGAAGUAGGCGACCAAAGUGAUGAAGAUCUUACUUAGGAGUAUUAGGUUGAUUCAUGAUGAAACUAGAAAUAUUUUAUUUUUGUACACUUUGGAAACUUAUGUGUUUUAAUUCACUGGCAGAUAUUGUUAAAUGUUUUGCUUUUAUGGAUAUUACACCUAUUAUGGAUUCUGA